AUGGCCAUUUUUAAAAUGAAGUUCUGCCAGCGAUGGCUUCUUUUUGUACUAUUUCUUCCUUUAUCGAGUAUUUUGUGUUUUAGUGAGCUGUCCUUCAUCACAGAGCCCAGUGAUGUGGCUGUAUUACCAAAGGCUCCUGCUGUUUUAGACUGUCAGGCUCAUGGGCACCCUCCGGUCACCAUCAAGUGGCUGAAGAAUGGAGUUAAGCUGGCAGAAAGUGAACACAUGAAGUUUCUGCCCAAUGGCUCCUUGUUCAUACCAAAGAUACAGCAUACCAAGGAGUAUUCAGAUGAAGGAUUCUACCAGUGCCUCUCUCAAAACCGAUAUGGAGCUAUCUUAAGCCAAAGAUCACAUCUGACUAUCGCAAGGAUCACAGGAUUUGAAAUACACCCUGUGUCCAUGGUGGUUUCUGAAGGCUCUGUUGCACGAUUUUCCUGUGCAGUCAAUUCAACUCCUUCUGCCACCAUCACGUGGGCGUUCAACCAAAGCACACUGCCAGUACAAACAGACAGAAUAACUGUUUUGCUCAAUGGCGUACUCCAAAUUCACAAUGUGCAACUUGAAGAUGCUGGACAAUAUCAAUGUGUGGCAACUAACAUCGGCAGCCGUUUAAAGAGCAGAGAGGCCACGCUGACAGUCAGCAAAGAUUCAGGCCCUAAACCACGUCAGAGGCCUCGAAUCAUUGCUGGACCUCAAAACAUCACCACGUCCUUUCACCAAACUGUAGUAUUGGAGUGUGUGGCCACAGGCAAUCCAUCCCCCAUCAUCUCCUGGAGCCGUGCUGACAGUAAACCCAUCGAUGUUUACAAUGCCAAAGUGCUGGGAAAUGGGAAUCUGGUUAUUACUGAUGUUAAUUCCAAGCACAGUGGAGUCUACGUCUGCAGGGCCUCUACACCUGGAACCCGCAACCACACUACGGCAGCAGCUAACCUCACAGUUCUAGUGCCACCGACCAUUGUUGAGAUCCCUGAGAGUCAAACCCGUCCAAGAGCGGGCACCGCCCGAUUUAUGUGCCAAGCAGAGGGAGUGCCAUCGCCACGCAUCAGCUGGCUAAAGAAUGGAGAGGAGGUUCACUUAAAUGGGAGGAUUAAAAUGUAUAACAGUAAAUUGGUGAUCACCCAGAUUAUCCCUGAAGACGACGCCAUCUAUCAGUGCAUGGCAGAGAAUGAACAGGGUUCUGUGCUGUCUUUGGCCCGCCUCAUCGUUGUCAUGUCCGAGGACAGGCCCAGUGCACCCAGGAAUAUCCACGCUGAGACCAUCUCCAGUUCUGCCAUCUUACUUGCCUGGGAGAGACCUCUCUACAAUGCAGACAAAGUUAUUGCCUAUUCCAUCCAUUAUAUGAAGGCAGAAGGUUUAAACAAUGAAGAAUACCAAGUUGUUAUUGGCAAUGACACAACCAGUUACAUCAUCGAUGACCUGGAGCCGGCACGCAACUACAGCUUUUACAUUGUGGCUUAUAUGCCAAUGGGAGCCAGUCGAAUGUCUGACCAAGUUAACCAACACACCCUGGAGGAUGUACCUCUGCGUACCCCAGAGUUAACUCUGACCAGCCACAGUUCUGCAGACAUCCAGGUGAGCUGGCAGCCACUACCAGCCAAGAUUAGCCGUGGGCGUAUGAUGGCCUACAGACUUUCCUAUCGCACCGCGACCGAUGAUACUGUCACAAAUGUGGAGCUACCACACAACAGCACUGAAUAUCGCUUAGAGGGACUACAGCCAGACACCAUUUAUCUUCUCCGCAUGGCUGCAGCCACACGUGUGGGUUGGUGCGAGCCCUCAGCAUGGACCUCACACCGUACACCCAAGAUCUCCAGCAACAAAGUGCCUUCAGCCCCAGUUCUUCAGCUCGAGCCUCUAAACUGCACUUCUAUUGUGGCUCGCUGGCAGAUCUCCCCAGAUUCAGUUGCUGUUCAGGGUUUCCGGGUGUGUUACCAUGAAGAAGGCCAGCCAGAGCAGCCUAGCACCCUGCUGCAAGCUCAAACCUACACCCACACCAUUGGUGGCCUUGACCCAAGGAGAAAGUAUCAUGUCAAGAUUCAAGCUGUCAGUAAAGCUGGAGAUGGCUAUCAGACAGACCAAACAAUUAGUACUCCGGGAUGUGUGUCGGCUAGAGACCAAGUGGCAGCAGCCCCUCCCCCUCCACAUCAAGUCACUGUCUUAACCAGCAACUCAUCUGCUGUGUCUCUGCGUUGGAGUCAUCCUGCUUUUGCUCCUGGGAAAGCUGUCAGCUAUACAGUCCGCUGUACACCUGUGGGCACACAUAACGUCUCUGCUAUACUCUACCAGCAAACCACCAAGCAAAGUGUGAUUGUUCAGAAUUUGAUUCCGAACACUCGCUAUGAGUUUGUAGUGCGUCUGCAUGUGGACCAGAUGUCAAGCCCCUGGAGUUUGGUGGUUUACCAUCAGACCCUGCCAGCAGCACCUAGUCAACCUCCUGCAGGAGUACGAGUAACUCUGAUUGAGGACGACACUGCCCUGGUGUCCUGGAGGGAGCCCACAGAGACCAAUGUGGUGGUCACACACUAUACCAUCCUAUACACCUCACAGAAAGCUUGGAUGGCCGGGCACUGGCAGAGGAUACAAAGAGAGGGAAGUCAUACAAUGGCCCUGUUAGAGAAGCUGGAGCCAGGGAGUAUCUACCUGGUGAAGUUAUGCGCCUCCAACAGGGUCGGUGACGGACCUUUCUCUGACACUGUGGAACUGGCUCUAAAGCAUGGACAUGUCCACCGCAGCAAGAACCCCAGGCACUCCGACUCCCUCCCUGAUACAGCAGUGUUUUCUGAUGAUCUAUACCACAUAGACCAGAGGUCCAUGACAGGGAUUAUGGUUGGUGUGAGCAUUGCAUUAACCUGUAUCGCCAUGUGUGCCCUGAUCCUGAUCAGCAAGGGCAAACCAAGAAAAUCAUCCAGUGCCAAAGGGAUUGCUGUGGGAGCAUCUGAAGUUUCACAUUCUGGUUUGCCGCUGCCCAGUGACUACCACUCGGAGAACGUUGAGGCCCUUUUACCGAUGAUAAGUGACUUCAUAGAUGCAAAGGGUGGAUCUAAUAUUGUCAUAAAUAGUGCCGGUCCAGUCAGCAAUAAGAUCCAAAGCAGCAGGUGGCUGCUUUUCAAAAGUGACAUCCAAGCUCCACCUUCAACUGAUGCUGAAACAAAAGCCAGCUUGUACGAGGCUGGUAAAACUGUUCUGAGAUACGACGAACGUCUUGGCUCAGCGCCUCUGCCCCUUUCGUCCCAGGAGAUGCUCUUCGGACCUCUUCACUCAAAGAAACCUCACACCGAUGAGGGCAGCCAAGAAACAGGAGAUUCUGGACACUACUCCAACGAAGAAAGCAACGAGGAGAUGAGCAACCCCCCAACCACCCACAGUUCAAUAACUGGAUCUUCGGGGUCAGAUAGCGGUCCUGCUGGUGCUGAGCUGAAGCACUCUUUUAAAGUGGAAACAGAAACGAUGCACCUCUUCCAUCGUGUCGCCUCUGAUGCUUCCUGGCCUUCCAGCUCCUCAGAUGACUCUCUUCCCGCCCCGCACACUCUCACAGCAGCCAGCACCUGA